AUGGCUCCUCCCACGCCCGUUCUCACACGCGAAGAAGUGGCCCCAGCGUUGGCUACUUCGCGCGACUGCGUGUUAGCGUCACUGACACAGAAUGAAUGCCACUUUGACGGCAGGGGCUACGUUUGCGUGCCGUUCCAACGCUUGUUCCGCGAGUGCACGCUCAACAAGAGGAGGGUGCGGAUCGAGAUAACAGAACGAAACACCAACAUGUAG